ACUCAGCCUUCCACAUCUCUCUCUCUGUCAUGUCUAAGUAACAAUAGCCAUUGGUGAACUUUCAAUACUAUAAUGCAUAAAUUGAAUAAUUAAUCAAAAGCUUGUUCUAUCCAUGACGUUGAUAACAAGAGCUUCUUAUACUUGCUUGACACACAACUAUUUCUCGGUUAUUAUUGGGCAUAUUUAUUAUCAGGGAAAACUGUUUUUUUUUAGUUGUGAAUCAUUGAGAGAAGGUAAAAAUCAGUACUUAAAAAAGAUGGAGGUUGACAGUAUUUGCCAAGAAUUCGAAGCACAUUUGCAUAAUACAAUAUGUUGGGAAACAAUAAUGGAAAAGGUGUUGAAGAAAUCAAAUCAAGCAUACAUUAUCAAACUCUUAGCUUUGUUCUUAUAUGGAUGCCAUAGGUGCUGUAAAUUUUACCUUUGUAGAAUUUGAAUGUUCCCCGAAGAGUUGGUGAUGUAUUCAUUGUAUCACAAUGCAAAUAUAGCAUUCCUUUACGAGCUAAUAUUAAUAUAUAAGUCGUUCUGUGAAUAAUACCUUGAUAAACUCUGGCAUUUUAAAGUGUAUUCUCUUUUUCUACGUUUGUUUGUCCACACCUAGAUCAACCAGGCAGAGGGUGCUAAUACUUGCUUCGAAUGCAUGAAAAGGACAAUAAUACGCUCCACUAUUAGGUUGCCGUCUUUGCAUAUUGACCAAUAGUGACUUGGUGAGAUUUCGUCACCCUGAUUGCCUCCCAUUUUCGAAGUAAACAAAGGUCGAUUUGAAAUCGCGCUCCCUCCCAACUCUUCAGUUGCUCAGCUAUUCAGACUAGUACCCUGAAUUAUCCAAAACAAGGCACAAAUUCAAGCUAUCAAUGCAAAAGCCUGUAGCAUCUUUGGAUCCACAUCUUUUGAAAUAAGGCGUGAGGCUCAACCCGAUAACUGCAGCCUUGUUCGCCCCAUCAUGGUCAAGGGCCCACCCACCGGUUCGGCCUUGAGCCAAUCGAUCCUGGUCUCGUUUCAAAAGGGCCAAGACGAAUCUUGUUCGUUGUCAAAGGCUGUCCAGCAGCUCCGCACUCUCUGGUCCGAUUUGGGUGGCGACGCCAGCCAAGAAGAGGUGUUCUUCGAGCAUUUUAUUUUCUUUCUACAAUUGCCGCUCACGCGGAAGGAGCGCACUCCAUACGUGGAUCGGUGUCUGGAAUUGGCGUGUCGCUUUGUCACCUCGUUCCUACCCACCAAGAAGGCCAAGAGCGCGUCCGACAAUGAGGAGACGGCUAAAGGCGAAGACGAGGAUGACGAGGAAGAGGAUGACGAUUUGGUGGAGUUGCCGCCUCUCAUGCAUCGGUUGAUCCAUUGGCUUUUGGACCAUCAUGAAGUGGAGGGCUCUUCGGCUCGUUGGCGGAUCUGCUUGAUGUUGAAUCGCUUGCUCAAACUCCUCGGGGAAGAGGCCUCCAUUGAUGAUGAGCUUUACCAGAAGAUCUUUGAUAACAUGCUUCAGCGACUCAAGGACAAAGUGGUCGAGAUCCGGAGCCAAGCUGUCACCGCACUUCAGAGAUUGCAAGACCCGCGGGAUUCGGAAUGCCCGAUCAUCAAGGCGUUCUUGUUUCACCUGUCGUGCGAUCCCAGUGCCAUCGUCCGACGAACCGUCAUUCGUUGCAUCGGGGCCACCAAGGUUACCUUACCACAUAUUCUUCGGCGAACCAAGGAUGUGGACGAAGGUGUGCGAAAGGCCGCCUUCAAAUUUGUGGCUGAUAAGAUUCACAUGCGGUCGCUUACCAUCGCUCAAAGAGAGCAAGUGCUUCAGCGCGGACUCACUGAUCGCGCCGAUAGUGUUCGUUUGAUAGCCGAGAAGGAAUUAGUUGUGGCGUGGCUUCGUCUGUGCAACAAUAAUGUUGUAGAACUGCUCUACGCUCUGGAUGUGGGUAGUUCAGACGGAAAAGUGGCCUCGCAAAUGAUCCAGAGCCUCUGCAAGGACGUUCCGUAUCGUGAAUUGGUCGAAAACUUCAGUUACAUCGACGAUAAGAAGCUGAUUCCUUAUGAUAAACUUACGGCCGAGACGGCCAUUUAUUGGCGCAAUUUGGCCAGUUUCUUAUUGGCUGAAGGGGGAGGAGCAUUGGAGUACUUGGAUCAAAUUUUGCCUGAAUUGACCUCGUUCUGCCGAUAUAUUCGACACUUCAUUAUUGGCAUUGAAAAAUCGGAUGAUGACGUGACUUGGGUAUUUAUCGCCAAAGAACUGAUCGAAAUUAUCAAAGUUUUCGAUUUAGCUGACGAGGUGGGCCGUGGCAAUCUUAGACUGCUUUGCAAAGACUUGAUGUCGAGUUCGAAAGUACAUGCUUCGUUCAUUGAGCCGCUAAUGACGAUUUUCGCCGUUGUGCGAAAUAACCCCGAUGACCGGAUCCAAGAGGUAGCUGAAAUUAUUGCUGAAUUACGCGAUCCCAUGAAACUGGAGCAAAGUAGCGGGGCCGCUGGGAAAGUCACCAAUACUUUCGAAGAAAUGGAAACUGAAUCCAAAGCUGAGAGCAAAGCGGACCGAGACAAACGAGAGGAGCUUCAAAGAAAGAAGCAGGUGGCCAUUGCUCAAGUUAGAGUCAAGCUUAACAUUAUGAAAAACGACAUGGAAGAUGCCAUCCAAAACCGAGAUUUUAUGACCGCUCAAAAUUGCAAAGUCGAAAUGGACAAGUUGGAAGCCGAGCAAAAUCAAUUACAAGACGAAUUGAUCGAGGUGGCAGCCAUAGCAUCGAGACCAGUAUUCGUUGAAGAGGUCUGUCCAACAUCUGUGGAGCCUGAAUCAUCCGAGGAUGCUCCAAAGGUGGAAGAAGAUCCUUUGGUCGUUCAAAAAUGCUUGGAAAUCUUAUAUCACUUACUGCAAGAUACCAAGAUCAAAACUCUCAGCCCGACACUCCGAACAUUGUUCGAUGAAAUGGUGUUGCCUUCGUUGCGAAAUUUGGAACCAGAAAUCCGUAUUUCUGCCAUUCGUGCCAUGGGCGUUUGUUGCAUUCGUAGCUUGGAAUUGGCCAAACGAAAUUUGGUUCUUUUGUUCCAGGUGGCCAAUAUGGACCAAAGCGAUGUACGUGUGAGCGCUUUAGCUAUAGUGAAUGAUCUUUUGAUUUGGCACGGAUUACCGGCUUUCAUAGCCAACGAGACCCUUCGGUCGGAUGAGGCUCCAUCUAAUUUAGAAACGAUGAUGAAUAAUGAAACUCAAGACCCCACCCUGAGUCACAUGAGAGGGCUCUUAACCCAAGAUGAGCUGAAUGCCCAGGGAGGUAACUCUGUUGUCGCUCUUUUGACCCGACUCCUUGAUGAUCCCGAUUUGGAAGUUAGGACAAAGGUGGCAGAAGGGAUGUGUAAACUUCUCAUGGUUGGAGCCAUUGCCUCACCCAAGCUCUUUCAGAGGUUGAUACUCAUGUGGUACAACCCCUUGGCCGAGAGUGAAGGGAAACUGAGACAUAUUCUGGGCACAUUUUUCCCACUUUACGCAUCCGUGUCUCGAAGUAAUCAGGACUCGAUUGAGGAAGCUUUAUUGCCCACCUUGAAGACAUUGUUCAAUGCCCCUCCAACAAGUCCAUUGGGAGAGAUUGACAUUGAAGACGUAGGAUUGUUCUUCCUCCAAUUGACUAGAGAAGAUUUCCUCCAAGUUCGUGGCGAAGGCCAAGGUCCCAACGUGCACGAUUCAAUGGCAUUCUCAUUGUCGAAUGAGAUUCUCUCAAUGCCUGAUGCAUAUUGCAACAAAAUUUUAUUGAAACUCUUAGUUAAUCUCCAGGUUUCGACAACAGACUUCGUCAAACUGAGAGAGUUGAAACAACUUUGCGAUGAAAUGCAGGAAGAAAUCAAAGAAAAAGCCCUGCUACGAGUCUUGGAGAGGUUCAGCAGUUCCCUGAACGAGCAUCUCAAGAAAGACACUUUGAACCCUUUGCGAGAAUCCAUGCAAGAAUCCUUGAAAGAAAACGCCAUCGCCGAGAGAACCUCUGAAAACCAAACAAACGCCGAGGACAGUAUGAAUAGCACGAAAGCCGCUAAACGAAGAAUGCUCUUUAGUCAAACUCAGCAUACGCUCUUAUCGAGCCCUGCUGGACAUUCUGAUUCGAAGAACACGAAUACCGGCGAUUCUAGCGAUGUCUUCCUUACCCCCGAGGAGCCUAAAUUGGCGAAGGGGGACAAGAGAACCAGGAGCUCGCAGAAGAAAAAUUUGUCUUCGGAAAUUACCAGAAUUGAAGAGACUUCCGAUGAGGACGACGAGCAAGAAGAGGAGACCAUUGUCAGUGGCAAUCUGUCCAAGAAACAACGUGCGGGUAUGACCGAAGCGAAUAAGAGCAAGGGUAUAAUGCCUCUCCCCCAAAUUAACGUGGUUCCCGAAUCUAGUGAGGAAAGUGAUGAUGUGGAAAACAAUGGAUCACCAAUUAUGACUUCUACUCAAGUUGAAAAGCCUCAGCCAGGUCAACUGAAAACUUUUGUAGCCUCUCAAGUGGGCAGGAAAACCAAGAAAAUACAACGGACCGCCGAAUCGUCCACUGAAGAGGAGGAGGAAAUCAAGAGCAGUCCCGUUGGUGGUAAUAAGAAACGAGGUCGAUUGGGGUCUAAAAAGAAAUCCAAAGGUAAAAUAACGAAGGCCAGCGAAGAUGAUGAAGGUGGGGCGGAGCAAUCCGCUACACAAGGAGCCUCCUCCCAAUCAAGCGGCGCUUCAGAUUCUCGGCCUCGGCGACAAAGCGCCAGAUUGGCCAAUUCAACUCCAACACGAUCUGACCUCACGCCUAGAGUGCCCCAAGAGACCCACAGCACUAUCAAAAAGAAGAAUCCACAAGUACUCGUUGAAAAACUGACGGGUUAUACACCCGACAAAGCUAAAGCUCAUUCAAGUCGCGGCAAGAAGAACGAGGAUCCAAAGCCCCCAAAGUCUAGGCCGACACGCUCGUCUUCUAGCAAACGCAAAUAGCGAAGCCAGAAGGACCUCCCACCUAAUGAGCUGAUCGCUGUGUUUUUAUAAUGAAAAAAUACUACAAGAUUCUUUGAUCCAA